AUGAAACCAAUUGGAAAUCGUAUGUACCAUGCGCAGGACGAGUUGGACGACACAGCGCAACGCAGCGUGGUUAGCUUUGCAAUCGUCAAGUUCGUUUCGUAAGCCGGUCCGUUUGAAUAUUAAACAGGAAAUAGACGUGUGAACUUUUUAUAAAAAAGCAAAAGGAGAAAAUGGUCAAUGCGAAGGACGACGAGGCCGCGAUUGCAGAAAAUGGCCCGCAGAAAACGGCCAAGCAGUUGCAAAAGGAGGCUAAGAAGUUGGCCAAGUUGGAGAAAUUUAAGCAAAAGCAAGAUAAAAAGGGGACUGAAAAGCCGGUGAACGUGAAAGAAAAACCAGAGAAGAAUGAUAAGAAGAAAGAGACUGCAGCAAUCUUGUAUACCAUCAAUACACCACCUGGAGAAAAGAAAAAUAUCACAUGCCCGAUGCCAGAUACAUAUAGCCCACAAUAUGUAGAAUCUAUAUGGUAUGCUUGGUGGGAAAAGGAAGGCUUUUUUAAACCAGAAUAUGGAAGAAGAGAUAUAUUAGAAGAAAAUCCAAAAGGAAAAUUUGUAAUGGUAAUACCACCACCCAAUGUAACUGGUUUUUUACAUCUUGGACAUGCUCUGACUAAUGCUGUGGAAGAUGCUAUUACCAGAUGGAACCGUAUGAAAGGCCGUACGACACUCUGGAAUCCAGGUUGCGAUCAUGCGGGUAUUGCGACUCAAGUGGUUGUAGAAAAAAAGUUGUGGAAAGAAGAAAACAAAUCUCGUCAUGACAUCGGUAGAGAAGAAUUUAUUAAAAGAAUAUGGCAGUGGAAGUAUGAAAAAGGUGAUAGAAUUUAUUCGCAAUUGAGGAAGAUAGGCGGUUCCUUUGAUUGGAGCCGUGCUUGUUUUACAAUGGAUCCUAAAUUAUGUAAAGCUGUUACAGAAGCAUUCGUGCGAUUGCACGAUGAAGGUAUUAUUUAUCGCAGUAAUCGCUUAGUCAAUUGGUCAUGUGCUUUAAAAAGUGCGAUAUCAGAUAUUGAAGUCGAUAAAGUGGAAUUAAAUGGGCGAACUUUGCUUUCUAUACCUGGCUACGACAAAAAAAUAGAAUUUGGGGUUUUGGUAUCUUUCGCUUAUCAACUCUUCGAUUCAGAAGACAAGAUAAUUGUAGCGACCACUCGCAUUGAAACCAUGUUGGGAGAUUCCGCUGUCGCGGUGCAUCCAAAAGAUAGUAGAUACAUGCGUUAUAUUGGAAAAUAUGUGCAGCAUCCGUUUUGCAACAGGCGUAUACCUAUUAUAGCAGAUGAAUUCGUUGACAUGGAAUUUGGCACUGGUGCUGUAAAGAUUACGCCAGCUCAUGAUCCGAAUGACUAUGAAAUUGGAAAGAGGCACAAUUUGCCAUUUAUCAAUAUUUUUGACGAUGAUGGAAACGUUAUUGGAGACUAUGGCAAAUUUACGGGAAUGAAAAGAUUUGAAGCCAGAGUGGCUAUCAUUAAAGAAAUGACAAAAAGAAAUUUAUUAAUUGGUGUAAAAGAUAAUCCAAUGGUAAUACCUAUAUGCAGUCGAUCGAAAGAUGUCGUCGAACCUCUCGUGAAGCCACAAUGGUACGUUAAGUGCGAUGAAAUGGCUGCUCAAGCUAGGGAAGCCGUAAGCACGGGUGCCCUGAAAAUAAUUCCAGAACAAUUCAAGAAAACUUGGUACAUCUGGAUGGAUGGUAUUAGAGACUGGUGUAUUUCACGUCAGCUCUGGUGGGGCCAUCGCAUUCCUGCAUAUGCAAUUAAAUUUAUCAAUUCUCGUGCGAACUCAAAAAAGAUAGAUGAAUAUUGGGUGAGUGCGCAUUCCGAGGCUGAGGCUAGAGAGAAAGCGGCUAAGAAAUUAGGUGUUAAUGUAAACGACAUUAUUGCGGAGCAAGACCCCGAUGUAUUAGACACUUGGUUUUCUUCCGCUCUUUUCCCAUUCUCCAUUUUUGGUUGGCCAGAUGAAACACCUGAGCUCAACGCAUUUUAUCCGGGUACGUUAUUAGAAACUGGUCAUGAUAUACUUUUCUUUUGGGUUGCCAGGAUGGUAUUUAUGGGCCAAAAAUUAUUAGGACAGUUACCUUUUAAAGAAGUGUAUUUACAUGCGAUGGUGAGAGAUGCGCAUGGAAGAAAAAUGAGUAAAUCCUUGGGAAAUGUAAUAGAUCCUAUGGAUGUGAUUAAAGGAAUAUCUUUAGAAGACCUCCAAAAACAAUUGUUAGAUUCGAACUUGGAUUCAAAAGAACUGGAACGAGCUCAAGAGGGUCAGAGACGUGAUUAUCCGCAAGGCAUUCCCGAAUGUGGAACGGAUGCUUUACGAUUCGCACUCUGUGCUUACACCACUCAAGGACGAGAUAUAAAUCUCGAUAUACUCCGUGUGCAAGGAUAUAGAUUUUUCUGCAACAAGAUAUGGAACGCUACAAAAUUUGCACUUGUCUAUCUUGGAUCUCAAUUUAAGUGCGACACAAAUGAUACGAAAUUGAAUAAUGCUAAUUGCAUUGACGUGGUUGGAGAUGGCAAGUGGUACCAGCGGACUUUAAACGAAUCGUGCGUGCAGGAAGCGCUAAACAAUUAUUUAGUGGAUUAUCCGUACCUCGAUGGUUAUACACCUUCGCAACUUGACUCAUCGGUUUAUCAAUCAAUGAAGGAAUUAAACAUUGAUCUUGCAAGACAUCUGCACAUUAAACGUUGGUACGAUCAUAUCGCGACAUUUACAGAUGAAGAAAAGGCUGUGUUUCGUGCGGAACAGAAUAAAAUAAUACCGAAACUUGCAUACCUUAAUCAGAAUCAACGCAAUAAUGAUGAUACAUUUGAGCUGACUGGAAAUGAGACAAAUGUAGAUUUAUGGAUGUUAUCGCGAAUCAGUUACGCUGCCAUAACUUGCGACGAAGCGAUAAAACAGUAUGACUUUGCACUGGCCACUACUACCUGUUACAAUUUAUGGUUAUAUGAUCUGUGUGAUAUUUAUUUGGAGUACCUCAAGCCAGUAUUCCAAAGUGAAGAUAACGCUGCUAAGUUAGCAGCUCAAAAAGUAUUAUUUAUAACGCUGGACGUGGGAUUGCGUUUAUUGAGUCCGUUUAUGCCGUUUAUAACGGAAGAGCUUUAUCAGCGUUUACCUCGUAAAAAGCUAAUAUAUCCAAGUAUAUGCGUAAGUCCGUACCCGGAUGGUGCCAAGUGUUGUUGGAGAAACCAGGAGAUUGAAAAGGACGUUGACUUUGCGCAAAAAAUAAUUAAGAAUGUUCGAUCCGCUCGCGCGACUUACAAUUUACCUAAUAAAACGAAAACCGAAGCGUAUGUCGCAUGUAGCGAUCCAGCUUUAAAGGAAAAGAUUGUUCGAUAUAAAUUGCUCAUAGAAACUCUUGCGUAUUCUACUCUUAGCAUGGAAAAACCACCGAUAGGUUGUGCUAUUGUCACUAUAACUAACAAGGUUCAAGUGCAUCUAUUACUAAAGGGUUUGAUUGAUCCAAAGAAAGAGUUGGAAAAAUUACAAAAGAAGGAAGUACAAUUGAUUGAGAUUAUACAAAAAUUGAAACAGGAUUUAACUGUACCCGAUUAUGAUGUAAAGGUACCUCUUGAUGUUCAACAAAAUAACAAGGAAAAAUUAGCAAAUAAUGAAGGCGAACUGCAACGAAUUAUCGAUGCAAUAAUGGUCUUACAAACAAUGUAGAAAAUAAAUCUAUAGAAAGCUUUGUAAACACUGAAAUUUAUGAUACAUAAGUUACUUAUUUAUUAAAUUAUUUAACAGUAAGUAACUUAUUUAUUGAGUUAAGACUCCUGUUCACUCACCACUACUAUCUUAGAUUCGAAUGCCAGAAACGUGAAAAUAUACAAUAAAAAUUCUUUCAAAUAUAUUAAAAUGUUUCAAUAAGUUAACUUACAAUCGACCUUAGAGCUGACUCGUAAACUAUCCUGAAAAAAUGCUGUCCUUUUAUUUUGUUAAUUAAUAAAUGACCAUAUAUCUA